GAGGACGGCUUCCGGCCUGGGCUGGUGGGAGGGCUGCUGGCGCGCGAGCGAGUGCUGGCGAUAGUGGCAGGGCGGUACUUCACACUCGCCAUCUCGCAGCACGGCCGCCUCUUCACCUGGGGCAUCCCCCCAGCAUCCAGCCCCCACCCACCCGCCAUGUUCACGUCAACCACGCGGCGCCAGCACGCGGCGGGGCAGGCACCGCGGGCUGUUGACUCUCAACUCGGCAUUCCACGCGUCCGUCCCCUCGGGCGCCUCGUCAUCCGCCGCCUUUCCUUCCGCAUUUCCUCCCAGCCUUCCCGCGGGUCCCCUCCUACGUGUCGCUCUGGCGGAAGCGCAGGGCGGGGGGGGAAUACUUACGCAGACGAGUUCGCGCUGGCGAUGUGCGUGGGGGGCGUGCUGCGGCGCGUGGGGGGUGGCGACGGUGGCUGCGAGCGGGGCACACCCUGGCAGUGA